GACCUGGGCGCCAUGUUGGAAGGUACAAAGGUCAACCCUCGCGAAACUUCCGUGACCUUUCACCCGGAAGCUGUCUGGAAACGUGCACUGACUUCCGGCGAGACAGGGCGCAACCGGCGGUUGCAGAAGUGUGGCGAGGCUUGGCAUUGGCAUGCAUUAAAGCAGUACACUGUGACUACCCACGGGAAUGGAGGCCAUACUAGAGGAUCUACACAAGCUGAGUAUUGCUGAGCUUCGGCAGAAGAUGAAGGAGGAAGGCCAGCCCAUGGGACCAAUUACCUCCACCACGCGUCUCCUGUUUGAAAAACGGCUGGCUCAGGCGCUGUACAGUAAAAACAACCCCGAGCACUCAGGAGAGGACGUCCCAGACUCUAGUCAAGAUGCGGGGAGUGUUAGUAGUAGUGAAAGUACUGUGACAAACAGCACCAAUGUGACACCGUCGUCACAAACAGCAGUAUCAAGUGGUAUUUCUAAUGGAAGCAGCAGUAGCAAUGACAGGGGAGGGGAAGACGGAUCGCAAGCACAGGUAGAAGAGGAGGUAGAGGGAGAAACCACGUACUAUGCUGUCUCCCUGCCCCCUAGCGACAUAUCAUUGGCCGCUCACGCAAACGGCCUUGACCCUGAUCAACCUCACGUGUACACCAAGAGGUCGGAGGCAUUGACGACCCUGAAGAAGAUCAAAGGGGCGCGUUUCAAGGCUUUUAAAAACAGGAAGGAUGCUACCGACUUCUCAUUACAGAAGACACCGCCGGUGCCAGUGGUGAAACCUGAAGCAGAUGCUGAAGCCACAAAGGGAGAGAGGGCCAACAAUUUCAAGGCCCCCAAGGUGCCUGAGCUGAACCGUCUGAGGAAGAGUAUAGAGCAAGGGGACAAGUUGACGUUCACGGAGACCGUCUGGACCAACCCGAGGUUUCUCAUCAGUUCAGGGGACACUCCUGUAAUACUUCAGGAGGGCUCUAGGUGGAGCGCUUUACACGUCGCAGCCAAAGCCAAUCUGCCCAACAUGUGUGACUUGGUGCUGGACAUCCUACAGGAUCGUGAGUUCCUUCAGCUGAUGUAUCCGGGGGAUGAUCCUGCUACAGAGGCGAGAAGGCAGAAGUUCCUUGUGGACUUGUACUUGAACACCCCAGACAAGGGGAAUUGUGAAACUCCCCUCCACUUUGCCUGCAAGUUUGGGCAUGUGGACGUGGUCCGUGCUCUGGUCGCUCACCCGUCUUUGGACAAGACUAUCAAGAACAGAUACGACCAGACAGCGAGGGACAUCAUCUGCAGUAGAUGUCCGGAUGGACCGGAUUCAAAACGAGCACAGCAAAUCAGGAAGCUACUGGAAGAAUCGUACUUCGUGCCCCUUUUCCGUGCAGAAGACAACUGUCUGCAGCCGUUGGUUGGAGAACCGUGGUCACCUGACCAGAGCGGUAGCCCCGUACGGCCCCUGCGGCAUUCCCAGGGCAGCCCCGUUGCCGUCACCCCUCCCAGAGGUGCCGUUUCCGCAAACCCUGCCAGUCCGACCAUGAGAGUGGCGGCUGUGGCGGGGCCCAUGUCUCCGGCAGAGGCUGCCAGGUUCCACCAGAAGUGGAAGACUCCCCCCCACAGUCCCGACUACCUGCACGUCCACAACAUCAGGAGGGGGGACAACGACAGGGGCCUGGAGAGGAUCGGGCGCGACCUUGCGCACGACCUUCACAUCCCGUGGAAGGAGAAGUGGGACUUCUUAAAGACAAACUUGGAUCUAGCAACGGACGAGGGCCUGAGCAAACUCGAGGAGUACUUCGCAACGAGAAACAAGUGUUCUGAAUACGAAAACUCAAAAUCUGUUCCCAAGCCCUCCCCUCCAGACAUAUGUACAGCAACUCCUUGCAGGGAGUCCAAGGUCAAUGUCACUCCUCCGGAAUGUAAUUCCAUCUCCAUGGCAGCGUACUAUCUCCAGGAUGACGAAUCAGAUGAAGACACCCUGUUCACCCCCACAUCCGACACCAAAGUUACAGUUGACAAGAGUUCACCCAGAGAAAUAGCCGGAGCUGACACAGAAGAAGAGUUGGAUGUUGCAGACAGAGAUGCCAUCAUUAUGGACAAGAUAAAGACAAACCCAUUCUCUCCUUUGCUGAAAGAUAGUAGCAGUUCAGAUAUAGACUCGUACCUAUCCUGGAGGGAGAGCCUAGGAGAGGCGACCGACGCAACAAACACGGACGAACCGGACGUGAACUUGUCGACCUUUUUUGCAAAACUCGCUCUCAGAAGCCCAAAACAAGGAUCACCAAGCAGUGAAAAGGGAAGCACUAAGAUAAAGGGUGCCAGCAGUAUAGACAUGUGCACCCCUUGUAGAAAAGGUGGACCACCAAAACCCUUUUUCAUAGAUGGGGACAGGCCAACUAAACUAGACUUGGACGUGUUCCAUGCUCUACAGGGUGUCGCCAUCCCGACAGAGAAGUAUCCUAACAUAGUGAGAUGGAGGUGCGUGAUCACAUCAUACACAGAGCAGGCGAGGCAGAGUUGGCCUAGCCCAGCUGGACUCCACAGACAGAGGAGACACACCUUCAGCACCAGGAGCCCUCUAGCAGCUCCCAGUAUUAUGACAGGCUCACAGCCACGCCAGGGCCACAGGGAUACAGCAGACUCGGACAACGAUGACCUUAAGCAAGAGUUGUUCAGAGGAGAGCCGGAGCCUAAACUGACUGACAUUAUUUAUCAGUGGAUGUAAUCUAUGUAGAUAGCAAAAUUAGUAAGAAAUGGCACUCUAAAAUGUGGCGUAAGGAGCUGUAUAAGUGUCUUUGAAUUUUGCUAGAGAGAGAGAGACCAAGAGAACAUAUAUUUUAGUGUAGGAUGAAUGAAUAUAUUUGCAUUCUCAAUAUCUAUUUCCAUAUUUGGAUUAGAUUGCUUACUGAAUUUUAGGCCAGAUACUGAUCAGAUUGCAGUGUUUGGAAAUAUUUCUUGCAAAUAGAUGUACAUAAAGAAAAGCCCCUGAUACAAGUUUGUAAUUGUUAUGUCUAAAUAUGUUACAUGUAAAAUUCCAGUUACAACCAAACAUCUCUGCACAGUUCAUCCAUCACCAUUUACAAAGUCCUAGAAUUAUCAACAACAUAUUUAUCGGAAGAUUUUAAACCACAAGUCAGUGCAGCACAGGCAAGUUAGGACGGCCACAACUAGGCUUUGUAUGGGAUCUUUACUUCUUGAUAUGUGAUAACUGUUAAUGUAAUUCUAAAGGUAGUUGUUUGUGUC